AUGGAGCUGAAGACUACAACAGAGAAAAGAAAUUUUAUUGGUCAUCGGAUUCUUCUACUAAAAUUAUACUGCUCCUUGUCUUUUGUUUCGAUCAUUGGCGACCAAAACAUCGAUGAUCUCAGUCAACGCCACGUGUUCAUAACAGGCGGGUCAAGCGGCAUCGGGCUUGCCUUAGCUCACCAGGUCGCUUCCCAAGGAGCCCGAGUCUCCCUCUUAGCUCGAUCUCUCAACAAACUCGAAGAAGCGAAAGAGUCGAUUCCCCUUUCUUCCGGGGUCGACGUUUCGAUCUUUUCCGCUGACGUUCGUGACUACGACGCCGUUCACAGGGCGGUUAACGACGCGGGACCCAUCGAUGUGCUGGUGGUCAACCAAGGGGUCUUUGUGCCUCAGGAGCUGGAGAAGCAGGGAUUGGAUGAGGUCAGGUUUAUGAUAGAUGUGAAUUUGAUGGGUAGUUUCAAUGUCAUCAAAGCUGCUUUGCCGUUGAUGAAGGAGAGGAAGGACCGCCGACCCACCUCCAUCGCUCUUAUUUCUUCCCAAGCUGGUCAGGUCAGUAGCCGAAUCAUUGAACUUUGUUGUUUAGUUACAAAGGAUUUGUUUUGUUGCUUAUUUUGACCAAUGCUUUUUUCUUUUUUAACUUUAG